AGCAGUAAUAUGUGUCUCCGAUACUUGUUUUAAAAAUACUAUCUCCUCGUAAACAAGAUGGCGACGGAUAAUUUUGCGAAAGGAAAUGAAGAAUUCGUGAAUGAGAACUACGAGAAGGCACUCGAGUUGUAUACAGAAGCUUUAAAGACUGAUGACGAGGACAUGAGAGAUGAUUACUAUGCAGCUAGAGCUCAAGUACUGUUAAAACUGGAAAGAUUUUCAGAGGCAUUAGAAGAUACCAACAAAUCAACAGAAAUAAAUCCUAAAAAUUCCAAGGCAUAUUACAGAAGAGGCAUAGCUUUAUUCCAUCUAGAGAGAUUUGAUGAUGCAUUAAAAGUAUUUACUGCUGGACAUGUACUAAAUUUGAAUGCACCAUCACGACAAUCUGAAAACAGUAAUUUCAAUACCUGGAUUAGAAAAUGUGAAGCAGAGAUAGAUUUAUCAAAACAAGAAAAAAGCAGUGGAGCUGAGGCCAGAGUUGGCGUGUCAGAUUCUUCACCAAUGGAAACAAGUUCUUCAAAGGAAAGUGAGAAAAAAACAGAAAGUUCAUCCAUUACCAAACCCAAUCCAGCUGAUGCAGUGUUAAAUGCACCAGUUAAAGCUAAACAUGAUUGGUACCAAACUCAAACACAUGUUGUCCUUACUAUCCUUAUUAAAAAUGUUCCUAAAGAUGAUUGUCAUGUUGAUGUGCAAGAAAGAUCAUUAAGUUGUACAGUAAAGCUACCGUCGGGGAAUGAUUACAGUUUAGAAUUGGACUUGGCUCACAAUGUUAUUCCAGACAAAACACUAACUAAAGUUUUAUCAAGUAAGAUUGAGAUUAAAAUGAAGAAACAGGCAGAAAUCCAGUGGAAGAAACUGGAAGGUGACGGACAGGAAGAAGAAAAGAUUAAACAAAUUCCUAUACAGAAUCCUACUGACACCACUCAUAAAUAUCCCACUUCAAGUCAUAAAACACGUAACUGGGACAAGUUAGAACAAGAAGUGAAAGAAGAAGAGAAAACAGAGAAACUGGAAGGAGAUGCUGCCCUUAAUAAAUUAUUCCAGCAGAUUUAUUCUGAUGGAACAGAUGAAACUAAAAAGGCAAUGAUGAAAUCUUUUAGUGAAUCAGGAGGAACAGUAUUGAGUACAAACUGGGGAGAAAUUGGAGAGAAAAAGACUGAAAUCAAGCCUCCAGAUGGAAUGGAAUAUAAAAAAUGGGAAUGUUGAACGAAAAGAAUUUACAAUCAAUUUUCAAAGUUUUAUGAUAUAUGAAAGAAUAGUAAAAA